UAUUAACAAAAGAGUUUUAAGACUGCAUAUUUAUAUUUGCACUGCAAAUUUUCAACAAUUAUAAAAAUCAACAUAAUUGUGCUGAAGCACGGGUAUAGCACCUCAGCAAUUAAAUCAGAACUCAUUAUGACUACGGUUAAUAUCAAUUCACGCCCAAACAUUCUAAAAAAACAAGGCACCGAUCAGUGGGUUAAGCUCAAUGUUGGCGGCACAUACUUUCUGACCACGAAAACAACUCUUUCCCGCGACCCAAAUUCCUUCUUGUCACGCUUAAUACAAGAAGAUUGUGAUUUAAUAUCGGAUCGGGAUGAAACUGGUGCCUAUUUGAUUGACAGAGAUCCAAAAUAUUUUGCGCCAGUGUUAAAUUACUUGCGCCAUGGUAAACUGGUACUAGACGGUGUGUCGGAAGAAGGUGUGCUGGAAGAAGCUGAAUUCUAUAACGUGACUCAGCUAAUUGCCUUACUAAAAGAAUGCAUCAACCACAGAGAUCAAAGGCCAAGUGGAGAUAAAAAACGCGUCUACCGCGUACUUCAAUGCCGUGAACAGGAACUGACACAGAUGAUCUCAACGCUGUCCGACGGUUGGAGAUUUGAACAGCUCAUAAGUGUUGGCAUGCAAUUUUCAAAUUAUGGACCAUUUGAAAACAAUGAAUUUCUUUGUGUUGUUUCGAAGGAAUGUGGAUCAACUGCCGGUCGUGAACUUGAAAUAAAUGACAGGGCCAAAGUGCUGCAACAGAAAGGUUCUAGAAUGUAAGCCAGUGGAUAAUUUAUACUAUUUCGUUUAAAUAAUUUUUCU